GUCUCCAUGAAAACAAAACAAAACAUAGAUAGUAGAAUCCAAAACACUAAACUCCAACACGUACCUUUUUCCAUGAUCCGAAACACAAACAGGUCGGAUCGCCGGGUACUAACCUCCCCGGUGGUUCACCCAUGCGAUAACAUCGCUCUCUCUACCCUUCUCCCUUCCCUCAUCACUCUCUCCAACGCCAUUUCCAAUUUCCAACACAGUUCCUUCCCUUGCAACAAGCGAAACGCGAGAAUCGCGAUUCGCUUGACCCGGCUUCUCCAACCCUUCCUUCACGAGAUCCGAGACCAUCAUUCGGGUCUUGCAGACCCGGCAACCCUGAGCCUCUCGGAGCUUCAUUUAACCUUCCAGAAGCUUCUUUUCCUUCUUGAAGAUCUCACACGUAAAGGUGCCAAGCUUUACAUGUUAAUGGAAUCGGAUCGAGUCGCAACUCAGUUUCGGGUCAUAUCCAGAUCCGUGGCCACAGCUUUGGACGUUUUUCCUUUCGGUUCUGUGGAGAUCUCUGAGGAAACUAAAGAGCAUGUUUUGUUGCUGAACGAGCAAGCAAGGAGGGCAAGGCUUGAAUUUGAGCAAGAAGAUAAACGGGUUGUGGUGAGUGUUGUGUCGGGUUUGACCCGAUUUGAGAACCGGGUUCCCCCGGGUGAGGGUGAUUUGAAGUGGGUUCUUGAGUAUAUUGGGGUUAAAAAGUGGAGUGAGUGCAACAAAGAGGUUAAGUUUUUGGAGGGUGAAAUUGGGUUUGAGUGCUUGAAGAAUGAGGAGAAGGGGAAGAUGGUUUUUUUGAGUAGUUUGAUGGGGUUCAUGAGUUAUUGUAGAUGUGUGGUGAUCGAGGAUGUUGAUUGUGAAGAGAGUAACAAAAAAAUUAAUGUAAGAGAAAGUAGUGUUGAGAGUGAGGUGAGUCUGAGUUUGACUUUUCUUAACUCGGAUGAUUUUAGAUGUCCAAUCUCUUUGGAGUUGAUGAGUGAUCCUGUGACUAUAGAGACAGGUCACACUUAUGAUCGUUCUUCGAUUCUGAAGUGGUUUAGUAGUGGGAAUUUGAUGUGUCCCAAGACGGGUAAAAGGCUUAGCAGCACUGAAAUGGUUCCAAAUUUGGUGCUUAGAAGGUUGAUUCAACAACAUUGCUAUACGAAUGGCAUAAGCAUUCCCUUUGUUGAUUCGAGUCAUAGGAAUCGUGAAAUUACUAGGACAGUGGAGCCAGGGAGUGUGGCAGCAGAGGGAGCAAUGAGAAUGUUGGCUAGUUUUCUGAAUGGAAUGAUUGAGAAUGGAAGUGGAGAAGAGAAGAAUAGAGGUGCUUUUGAGAUAAGGCUUCUUUCCAAGACAAGCAUUUUUAGUAGAUCUUGUUUGGUGGAAGCUGGUUUGGCUCCUCUUCUGUUGAAGUUGUUGUCAUCGAGUGAUUCGUUGACUCAAGAGAAUGCUGCUGCAGCCCUUCUCAACCUCUCAAAAUGUGCAAAGAGUAGAAGUGUGAUGGUUGAGAAAUGGGGUUUGGAAUUGAUCAUUGAUGUCUUAAGGAAGGGGCUGAAGAUUGAAGCUAGCCAGCAUGUUGCUGCUGUGUUGUUUUACCUUAGUGCCGAGUAUGGAAACUUGAUAGGUGAAGAGCCAGAAGCAAUACCAUCAUUGAUAAGGCUAAUCAAAGACGGCUCUUAUCGAAGCAAGAAAAAUGGGUUGGUUGCAAUUUUCGGCCUUCUUAAGCACCCGGAAAACCAUAGGAGGGUGCUAGAAGGUGGAGCAGUUUCUUCGCUAGUUGACAUCUUAAAAGGGUGUGAAAAGGAAGACCUUAUCACAGACUCGCUCGCAAUUCUAGCAACUCUGGCAGAGAGGAGUGAGGGGAUGUUAGCAAUCCUUCACGGAGAGGCUUUGCAUGUAGCUGUUGAAAUUUUGAGUUGUUCUACUUCAAGGGUGGGAAAGGAGCACUGUGUGGCUUUGUUGCUUUCUUUGUCACUACAUGGUGGAGAAGAUGUGGUUGCUUAUUUAGUGAAGAGAACUUCUCUAAUGGGAUCUUUGUAUUCCCAACUCAGUGAAGGCACAUCGAGAGCAAGCAAGAAAGCCAGUGCUCUCAUCAGAGUCCUCCAUGAUUUUUAUGAAAGGAGGUCCUCUGGUUUCAAGGCUUCAGUUAUUCCACAAGAACAGUUCAUUCAUGUUCGGUAACCCAGUAUUUUUUUGUUCACCUGGGUAUUCUUUCAUUUGUUUGAAUUUGUAGAUACUGUUGUAUAAAUGUGCCUAGUUUUUUUUUUUUUUUGUACUCUUGUUAUUAGCUCAAGUUUUAAAGAGCUAAUAAUUUCGUCAGCUUCUGUUUUUAAAGGUGAAGCUUGUACAAAUUGUUGUAAUUCAUUGCUCUGUAUUGAUCGAAUAAGAUUGUAUCAUGUCUAUUAAUCAGGAAUAGUA